CACAAACCAAACACACAGACGUCCGACCACCGACACACUCCUAAACACAUCUAUCUAGCCGCGGAACAGGGUGCCGAUAAUCUUCUCCCCGACGCGUUUGGCCUUCUCCCACGUGGGCCGCCUCUCCAGAUUGCGUGGAUACUGCUGUCGUCUGUCGUGCCGCUCCCUGCGGGCCACAAUGUCGUCCGACCUGAUCUGCGUGGCCUCGCUGAGGAUCUGCUGAAUGUCGUGCAUCGGGAAGUGCUGAAUCGUCUGCACACACACAGACAGACAGGCAGGCAGGCAGACGGUACACCGGGAGCUUGUGUGUGUGUGUGUGUGUGUGUGUGUUAGAGCUUUACCCUGAGCACCUCCUCUGCCGCACACAGAGAGAGGCACACCACACACAGACGAGACAAAUGAGGGGUGACCGGCUCGCUGGUAGUUUGUCAUUUUGGCCCGUUCCCUUCACCUCUGUCAUGGAGACUCAGCAGCUGGGACCGCAGCUCAGGCACACGCAACACAGCCACCUGCACACACACACAUGCACACACACACACACACACACACACAUCACGCACCAUUAUCACGUGCAGUGGAGCGGUCUGUAUUAUGUCAUGUGUUUCGUUCUCUCUCUGUGUCUCUUUCUCACGGCGAUGUAGAAAGCCGUAGGCAGUGUCUGGAGUGAUGUGUCGAUGUCUGGGAUGGCUAUGGGGUUGUCGGCCAGGAUGGUGUCCCAUAUCCUUAUCACAUUCGGGAGCUCCAUGUCCUGUGAGAAACCCAACAGCAGCCAACGCAGCCUACAAUGUACCACACACACAUACGCACAGAUGGCCUGUAGGGGCCCCCCGUCCAUCUGUGUGCUCACACACGUACUUACAUGUACAGGUGCGGCUCGAUGUGCAUGUGGUCGAGGUGCUGUGCGAGCUGCGGGUCCCGCUGGUGCAGCAGGCCGGCAUACUGCUCCAGCGUGUCGUCGAGGGUGGCCGAGGAGCGACCGUCGAGAGCCAGAAAGAAAUCCUGUAUGUGUGCCGAUAUAUCGACACAUACACACGCACAGCAGUCAGUCGCCAUGGUGGCCAACUGGUGUGCUAGCUUGUGUUGUUUGCUUGUGCUUAUUCACCCGUUGGUGCACCAUGAGUGUGACGAAGAGGAAGAAGGCCUCGGCCUCCAGCAGCAGGGGGUCCUCAUCGUGGGCCUGACAAACACACACACACACACAGACACAACACACACAGAUACACGCAAUGAUAAAUGGAUGCGUGGCGUUGGUUGGUGUCAGUCACGUCACAAGUAUUGCAAUGCAUACCGACCGACCAGGGGGUCAGAGUGCACCACGAAGUAGAGGACGGCCAGCAACUCUGCACACACAGACAGACUGCCUGUGUCUACGACUCAAUCCUGCAAGCCGUAUCGGUUUCCGCCACGGAAUCGCAAUCAAUCGUACCUACCAUUCAUCCCCUGUAUGUAGCCGAGAGCAGGGUUCAGCCUGUCAGUCAGACCACACACAGCACAGGGCAACCAGGACUGUUGGUGUGCGGUGCGCCAGGCAACCCCCCACCCACCUGGCAUAGACGAAGAGAAUCCUACUCAUCCUAUCCACAUGGCUGCUGGGGCGGGUCAGCCGCUCCACGAAACUCACUGGACCUGGCCCCGACGCCGCACCAUUGCUCGUCGCUGCUGCUGAUGUUCCUGCAGCGGUGUGCCCAUCAGCAGCAGCGUCAGAUCCACCGUUGGCCGACCCCUGGGAGUCAGGCAGUGACCAUGACUCGCUUCGAAAGAAUGCCAGAUCCGUGCUGCAGACACAAAAGAAUGCAUGUCAUCAUCCAGGUCAUGGGAUGCGGUGUGGUGUGGUGUGGCAGCCAGGCCUCACCGUGUCCUUGACACAUCCUUGACAAUGGUGCCGAACAGCUCGCUGCCCUCAAACAGCCGAUGCCACGCUCCCUGGCGGUCACGGUUGAGCGGAUGGUCGCUCGCUGGCCGGGACUCGGACAGCGAUGCCCUGCCCUCCCUGAUGCUGUGGGCUGAGGCGGCGUUGGCAUCUCUGGGCCCGCCGACUUGUGCCUUCUGCAUGAUGUUUGGGUCUAUGCAGUCGUUGAUGUAGCCCUCGUACUUGUCACGAGUGGACCUGAGCUCGUCAGGCCACCUCUCGGUGUGCUUCCGCACAAACACACACAGACGAAUUACAGGCAGGCAAAGUGAGGCGGUUAGCUUCUUGUGUUGGGCUUACUGGUGAGAGCACACCCAGUAGAACUGAAGGGACAGAGUGAUACAUACAUGAAUGCUAUCAAUCCGUGCGUGCGUUUGCCUGUGUGUUCUGCCCUGCUGUGAGUGAUGUUCACUUACUCAUCCAGUAAAUCUUGCGCAGCGGCGUGACGUCGGGAAGGCCAUAGAAGCACACAGAUCUCACUUGUUCGAGGGAGAGCGUCCCUGGCAUGGUCAGCAGGGACACUGCCACCUCAAGCUUCUCCGCCGCAGCGCUGCUCACCGCAUUCCUCCCCGCCUGCAAACUCUCGACGAAUGCUUGCAGCCUGGCCAGCGAAUGGGAUGCUGGGAAGGCCUGCUGGCCUCCAGCUCUGCCGGAAAAUGCCAUCAGAAGGGCGGGUACAUGGGUCGUCAGCAAGAGAGGCGCAUCG